AUGGUGAUACCUCCUGAAAUUCAUGUUUGACAUCCAAAGUUCUCUAAAACGUAAAACCAUUCUCAAUCUCUCUUCUUCCUCAAAGAUCUGUUCUCUCUUUUCUCCAUUCCACACCAUGAGAAGGUCUUCCGCCAUAGCUUCCACCUUCCUCUUCCGCUCAAUCUGCACCUCUCAUGCCGCCGGUGCCCUUUCCGCCUCCGCCACCUCCAAUCACCGUCUUCUCCAAGCCGCGCUCUUCAGUUCCGGCCCUCACCCCCACCGCCGCUGGUUAUCCUCUCUCCUCGAUUCCGUUACUGGUAGCUCUACUCGAGCUCUGUCGCUUGGCGUGGUUGGGGCUGUUGCUUCUUUAGCCGCUGCUGUUUCCAUGUCCCAGGAGGUUUAUGCGAAGGAGCCCUUGCGCCAGGAGUUGGUUCCUAAGGAGGUCGUGCUCUAUCAAUACGAAGCCUGCCCGUUUUGUAAUAAAGUUAAAGCUUUUCUUGACUACUACGAUGUUCCGUACAAAGUUGUCGAGGUUAAUCCAUUUAGUAAGAAAGAAAUUAAAUGGUCGGAUUAUAAGAAGGUGCCAAUACUGGUGGUUGAUGGUGAACAGUUGGUUGACUCGUCAGCCAUUAUCGACCAGUUGAGCCAGAAGGUUCUGUCAGAUAAGAAUGCUUCUUCCGUGUCUGGAGAUGAUGAAGAGACAAAGUGGCGUAGAUGGGUAGAUAAUCACUUGGUACAUGUGUUAUCACCAAACAUAUAUCGAAAUACUUCCGAAGCUCUUGAAGCAUUUGACUACAUUGCUAGUAAUGGUAAUUUUGGCUUUACUGAAAAGAUUACUGUAAAGUAUGCUGGAGCUGCUGCUAUGUACUUCGUGUCGAAGAAACUAAAGAAGAAAUAUAAUAUUACCGAUGAGCGUGCAGCAUUGUAUGAAGCAGCAGAAACGUGGGUAGAUGCUUUGGCCGGACGGGACUUCCUAGGAGGCUCAAAACCUAAUCUAGCUGAUCUUGCGGUGUUUGGGGUGUUAAGACCCAUCCGUUACUUGAGGUCUGGUAAAGACAUGGUAGAGCACACACGGAUCGGUGAAUGGUAUACCAGAAUGGAGAGCAGUGUUGGAGACUCCUCCGGGAUCAGAUCUUAAUCUCUCCUGUUAUCAAAUCUCAUUUUCUGGGCAUUGGUUAUCCUGGAAAAUUCACUUUUUGUUCACUAAAUUAUCUCUCUUUGUGGGUACACAAGAUCUAUAUGUGCAAAUUUUGAUAUUGCAAUUGAUUUUUUUAGAAACUACCAUUGUCAUUAUUACCAUGAGAGAUGGUGUCAUAAAUAUCAGAGUAAUAAAAUGAAUACUUUUUUUUUUGGGGGGGGGGUUUUACUGUAAUACUUGUUGAACAGAGUUGCAAGAGAGAGCAGAGAAAACUUACCAUUUGGAGAGGAGCCAGAAUUUGAAAUGGAAGUACAGAACUCAACGUAUGGAGUAGAUUUUCCCACAGGAGAAGGCAAUUGAAACUCCCUAAUCAUACCAAGCUUUUAUUUGUUUUUUUUUUUUUUUUUUAAAUUCUCUUUUGUUUGUACUGCAUGAUGUGGAUGGAUAUAUGUUGAGGAUUGUGAUUUGUUGAAAAUAUUUUGUAAGGAUGUGAUAUAACCUCCUGUGCUUUGUUCAAACUAUGGCAUUAAUGGCCUCUGUUUGAAUACUCUAUUUGAAUUCUCUGUUUGAAACUUUCAAUGUUGUACAUGAAGGAUUUUAGAAUACAAGCUUGUUUUUAGUUGUUAUUCACAUA